AUGCCACCGAGCUUAGACGCGCUGGAAGUGUCGUUGUUGAACACUUCCGGAAAGGUGAAAUUAGAUGCGCGUUUUCGUACUCUGUUUACACUAAAGUCGCUAGCGUCCGUAUCGGACGAGAACUGCGUUCGUGUGAUCUCGAUUAUUGGAAAAGGCUUCGAGGACGACUCGGCGCUGCUGAAGCAUGAACUGGCGUACGUUCUUGGGCAAAUUCGCGACGUUCGCGCCUUGAAAUGUUUAGAGGAUGUUCUCGCUGAUGAAAAAGAGCAUACCAUGGUGCGCCACGAAGCAGCAGAGGCGAUGGGUGCUAUUUCUUCGCCGGCAUCAUUGCCAUUGCUGCAACGCUACCUGGAGGCCGAUCCAGAAGUGUCCAUUCGCGAAACGUGUCACUUGGCAAUCAACAAAAUUAAUUUCGACAGUUCAGAGCAAGGAAAAGCGGAGCGUGCGCGGCAAGAACAGCUCGAAAAGGCACAUGGCGACGCGAUUUCGGCGGCAUCCAAUGCCGCCGCACCAAUCGACCCCGCUCCUGCGACGGUACAUGUUCCGGCCUCAGCGCGCGCGGAGGGAAAUGUGUACUCACUUGAGAACGUUGCGCAUUUCCGCACAUCGUUGCUAGACAACAGUUUGCCGCUGUUUGAGCGCUACCGCGCCAUGUUUGCACUGCGCAAUACGGUGCAGCAAGGCAGCAAAGAAGCACAAGAGCUUGCUAUGCAAGCGCUCGCAGACAGUCUUGUGGAUCCAAGUGCGCUCUUCCGUCAUGAGGUAUGUUUCGUGUUUGGCGAGCUUUGCCAUCCAGCGUCAGUGCCUGCCAUGUCCAAGGUACUGGACGACGAUGCAGAGCACGAGAUGGUACGACACGAGGCUGCCGAGGCGCUUGGCGGUGUUCUUGAGGAGGCUACCGAAGGGGGUGAGAUUGCACAGGCCGCCGUGGUCAAGACGCUCACGCGCUGGGCAGAGGAUACAAGUGCGCCGCGUGUAGUGCGAGAAAGCUGCAUCGUUGCGCUGGACGAGAUUGCGUACAAUAACGAUCCGACGCAGUUCCAGCCUAUGGACGCGGUCGAACUGGAAAUGUAA